AUGAAUCUUAUUUUUUCUGUAUUUACUAUAUUGUUAAGCGGUUACUUGACUCAGGCGUCUACCAGUCCACUUGUGGUUGUUGGUAACAAGUUCCAUGAUCUGAGUAACGGGAACCAAUUCUUCUUCAAAGGUAUUGCAUAUCAGGCUCAACGGUCCAGGAACGCUCCUUACGAUAGAACCACUGAGACACCCUAUAUAGAUAACUUGGCCAACGCUACUGUGUGUAUGCGUGAUUUGACUAAUUUGAAGGAAUUGGGCGUCAAUAUCAUAAGGGUAUAUCAAAUUGAUCCCACCAAGAAUCAUGAUUAUUGUAUGAAGGUGCUAAGUGAAGCCGGCGUUUAUGUUAUUGCUGAUUUGGCCGAACCAAACAUGUCAAUUGAUAGAAAUAAUCCAUUUUGGGAUGUGGAUAUCUUUGAUAGAUAUAAAGUUGUGAUUGAUUCAAUGCAUAAAUAUGAUAAUGUUGCUGGAUUUUUGGUUGGGAAUGAAGUUGCAAAUUCAAAACUCACAACGUCCUCGGCUCCGUUUGUUAAGGCCGCCGUUAGAGAUACCAAGCAAUACAUCAAACAAAAGGGUUAUAGACGUAUUCCUAUUGGAUAUGCUUCUAAUGAUGAUGCAGAGAUUAGAAACCAUUUGGCAAACUAUUUUGUUUGCACAGAUGGUGAAGAAGUUGGUACAGCAGAUUUCUAUGGUAUCAACAUCUAUGAAUGGUGUGGCUAUUCGUCCUAUCAAACCUCAGGAUAUAGAGAAAGAACAGCCGAGUUCCAGAACUUCCCUGUUCCAAUAUUCUUUAGUGAGUUUGGCUGCAACACCGUUAGUCCCCGGCCUUUCACCGAAAUAGAAGCUCUCUUAUCUCCGCCUAUGACGAAGGUCUUUUCGGGUGGAAUUGCGUAUGAAUAUUUUAACUAUGAGAACAACUAUGGUGUGGUCCAGGAAACAGGUACUGGUGAUGUUGUUAAAUUAACGGAUUUUGAGUAUCUAAAGAAUAGAUACGUCUCUAUUGAUCCCGAGGGAAUUCAUAUUGAGUUGAGUCGUAAUCAGACUACUAAUGGUGGUGGAGAUAACCAUAAUGCGUAUUCACCCAUUCAAUGCUUUAGGUCUACUCCGUUCUGGAAAGUUUCAAGCUUAACUCCGCCAACUCCUAACUACAACAAAUGUGAAUGUCUUCAGGCAAGUUUCAGUUGCAUCUUGAGUCCGUAUACCACUUGCAACGAACAGGAACUUAUUAGGGAAAUUUGCACCGAAAUCGAUUGUGGUGAGAUCGAAGUCGAUGGUGCAAAGGGAGUCUACGGUAAGUUUUCUGAUUGCAGUUUGAAGCAAAGAGCAUCUCACGCUUUAAACUUGUACUACAACAAACACAAUGAGGACCCUGAGAGGUGCGAUUUCAAUGGCAGAGCCAUAUUGAUCACCAACAGUGAUGAAAAGGAUUUGGAAUCCAUACAUGCACUGAAUGGACUCAAGUGUCUGGAGAUCCUAGGUGGUGAUUCCCCCAUAUCUAAUGUUCGCCAUGAAGUUGCUGGCGGUAAUAACAAGGUGGGUCAAGUGUCAGGUAUAAAUUCAAACCGAUUUAACCAAACUACAAAGUUGAUGCUUUCAGAAGGCAGCAGGUUACACCGAAUGGCCCAUCUCAUACUUUUGGCUCAAGCUGCUAACUAUAUACAUAUUUAG